UGGCAUAUCCGCAUAUCGCCAUCACUAAGCUCGGCACUUUCUCCCUUUCACGACAACAUCGUCUCGGGCCUGUAUCUAUUCGAAUUUGAAAUCAAUUACUAGUUGUUUUUUUGUUGUUUACUUGAAAAAUGGAUGCGCAACAGUUUCGCUCCGCUGCUCACGAGAUGAUUGACUUCAUCAUCGACUAUCUGGAAAAUAUCCGCAGCAGGCGUGUCCUACCGACGGUCCAACCCGGCUACAUUCGGGAUAUGAUACCCGCAACCGCACCAGAACAAGGGGAGCCAUGGCAAGCAAUUUUCCAAGAUGUUGAACGAGUUAUUAUGCCUGGGGUAACUCACUGGCACUCUCCUCAUUUCCACGCCUAUUAUCCUACUGGCAAUUCUUGGCCGGCUAUUUUAGCUGAUAUUUUGAGUGACGCUAUUGGUUGCCUUGGCUUUUCUUGGAUUGCGGGUCCUGCUUGUACUGACCUAGAAGUUGUCAUGAUGGACUGGUUGGGACAACUACUCGGUAUUCCUUCUCAAUUUCUCGCCUGUUCGGGAGGGACCGGAGGCGGCGUGAUUCAAGGAACGGCUAGUGAGGCAACCCUUGUGGCUCUCUUGGCAGCAAAAGCGAAGGCCAUCAAUUGUUUGAAAGCAAUGGAUCCAGAAGUCGAUGAAAGCCAAAUUGUCGGUCGAUUGCUUGCUUACUCUUCAGAUCAAUCGCAUUCUUCGGUGGAAAGAGCUGGAAUUCUGGCCGGCGUUCGGGUUCGUCUUCUUCAGAGCGACGAACUUUUCCGUCUGCGAGGAGAAACUCUGAAAUUGGCAAUGGAAGAAGAUAGAGCUAAAGGAUUAAUCCCGUUCUUUGUUACGGCAACUUUGGGUACAACACCUUCUUGCGCUUUCGACGACCUGUCCGAGAUCGGCCCAGUCUGUCAUCAGUUUGAAAACAUUUGGCUACACGUUGAUGCCGCCUAUGCUGGCUCAGCUUUCAUUUGCGAUGAAUACCGCCACCAUUUGAAUGGUUUAGAGUUGGCCGAUUCGUUUAACUUCAACCCGCACAAAUGGCUUUUAGUCAAUUUUGACUGCUCUGCUAUGUGGUUGAAAAAUGCAAAUGAUGUGGUAGACCCUUUUAAAAUCGAUCCUCUCUACUUGAAAAGUGAUCGACAGGGACAAUCACCGGAUUACCGGCAUUGGCAAAUUCCCUUCGGGAGGCGAUUUCGUUCACUGAAACUCUGGUUUGUGAUGCGUACUUACGGCGCAGAGGGACUGCGAGCUCACAUUCGCCGUCAGGUCAAACUGGCCUGUGAAUUCCACCAACUGGUGGUCAACGACGAUCGCUUUGAGGUUCCAGUUCCUCCUGCCUUGGGUCUUGUUUGCUUCCGGAUGAAGGGAGAAAAUAGUUUGAACGAAACAUUACUAAAAAUAAUCAACGAUGCGGGAAGGAUACACAUGGUGCCGGCUAAGCUUCGUGGACAAUUCGUUCUUCGAAUGGCUGUUUGUUCUCGUUACACCGAAUCACGCGACAUAGUUUUUGCUUGGCAGGAACUUAAAAGUCACGCCGAUGCUCUCACGGGUCAGCAGCAACUGUUGAAAAACUGAACUUAAUCUGUUUAAGAUUGUUGGAAUAGGAGCAGUCAUUUAUCAAAUCUUUCUGGCAGCAUAAAACACAAGUGAAUAGAUAGAAUAAGUUUGUUAAGAUUACUUCAUCCAGAUGAUUGUAUUUAGAUCAACACUCGAAUGAAUAAUUCAACGACUGUUCAAAAUAGAAGGGAAUACAAUAGACUUGGCUAAAACGUCCGAAAUUGCCAGUUUUUUUUUAUCGAAAAAAAAUUUGGACAAGAAUUGCCGAAUUGGUAAUUGUUCCAUGAUUGUUUUUGUAUAGAUGUUUUUCACUCGAGGCGGAGUCUACAGCUCUGGAUUUUUCGAGCAUUCGAAUUUUCGGAAUCAGAAUGGUAUUUUUUAUCUGGCAACGUUCACUUGUGAUGUCUUUCAUUCUUCAGUAUUAUUUUCGCGCUGUUUUCAGAGUAGAGGUAGUUAAAGAAAAUAGAAUCCAUUCAAUUAAUGUUACGAAGCACGCGUACAUUAUUUUGUUUUAUUUUUAUUUUUUAUCAUUGCAAACUUUUUAACGUUAAAAAAUGAUUUCUUCUCUUAUCAAUCGACAAUAUGGAAGUUCAACAGG